AUGGCGUCGAACGAAGAUGACCUGAGUGAUGGCGAGAGCGAAAAAGGCGAAGAAGAUGUGAAUUUAUUGAGAAAUAAUUUCAAAUGUUGUGUUAAAAAAGUAUGCAAGGCUCAAAUAUGUAUAAAUUGUGAUGGUUUAUACCACAGUUCGUGCGUUAAAAGGAAAAAUUUUAGAGUUAUCAAUCAUAGGUACAUCCAAUGUUGUGAUGAAGUUGCUGAUAAGCAGUUAAAUAUGGAAAAGGGGAAAAUCUUGGAAUUGAAAAUCGAGUAUCUCAGUAAGUUACUUUUAGAAGCUACUGAUAAAAUUGAAAUAUUGAAAGAACACAACUCAGUUUUGAAAGAAAAUAAUAGAUUGUUACUUCAAAGAAUGGAACAAAUUGAAAAAAAAGAUGAUAAAAAAACAAAAACACAAUAUUCAGACGCAGUUAGAAAGAACAUUAGUGACAGCAACAUAAUGCCAGAAAUUGUAGUUCAAAUGUCUGAGGACGAGGAAAGUGUCAUAGAACUACAACAACAACAACAAAAUAUUAACCUCAAAGUACCCAAACGACAACAUCGUAAUUAUAUGUCGAAAUUUCAAACUAGCGGCAAUAAAGAACCAUCUACCAACAACCGUUACUUGGUAGAAAAAAUAAAUAAACCAAAUAGAGAUGAAGAGGGCUUCGAAAAGGUACAAAGAAGACGUCCGAAGAGACUCGGAACAACAAGGGUAUCUAAAGAAGAGGAGAAAACGGGUUUUGUUGGAGCAGAAAGAAGAGCAUGGAUAUACCUUUACAGAAUUAAACGACAUGUCACAGCUGAACAAGUGGAACAACAUAUAAGGAAAAACUCGUCGUUUGCCAAUGAGAGUAUUAAAGUGAAAGAACUACCAAGUGAUCCGAAACAGUUGAAAAGCUUUCUGUUGACUGCACCUCUUGAAAAAAAGGAUGAACUUUAUGAUCCCUCCUUCUGGCCUCAAAACGUAGGAGUAAAAAGAUUUAAUUAUGGACUCUUCCAAAAGUACAAACCAGGGAAUAGUGUUGACAAGUUAGAACAACUAUUGAAUGAAAAUAAAGAAACUGUGAUAUUAUGUAUUACAGAACACUGGAAAUCAAGAGAACAAAUUGAGCAGAUAGGAGUCAAAAACUUCAGGCUUAUUUCCAGUUUUUGUAGAGAAGAGGGAAAGCACGGAGGUUCAGCGAUCUAUAUAAAUAAUUCUAUAAAAGGAAGAGCAUGUAAGGAAGCAGAUGAAUGCGCUGUACUGGGUGAGUUUGAAUGUUCUGCUGUUGAAUGUUGCAUUAAUAAAACAAAUGUUAUUAUACUUUGCAUUUAUAGACCUCCAAGUGGUCAUAUUGAGGUAUUUUUCGAUAAACUAGAAAGCAUAUUAAACAGCAAUAUAAUGACUGGUAAGACUAUUUUCAUAGCAGGGGAUUUCAACAUUGAAAUGAUUAGGGAAAAUAAUAAUAAACACCGUCUUCUAACCCUACUUAAUUUUUAUUCCAUAAGAACAACAGUCAUGGAUGAUACCAGAGUCACUGAUCAUUCGAAAAGUUGCUUGGAUAACAUUUGCACGAACAUACAGUAUAAUCUGAGAGCCAAAAUACUUGUAGCUCAUAUAUCUGACCAUUAUGGGCAGAAAUUAGAGUUCACUAUAGAAAAAUGCAACAAAGUCAAAGCUGAACGCAAAAGAUUCUUUUCUGAUGAAUCUAAGAAUAAGUUUAUAGAGGAACUUAAAUUACAAUCCUGGGAGAAUGUAUUUUCAAUUGACAAAAGAGAUGUGAAUGAACAGUGGCGGAUUUUCAUCAACAACUAUAUAAAUAUUUUCAACCAGUGCUUUCCACUUACCUUGACACGUACAACUAAAAAUAAAAAAUACAAAAAAAGUAAAGAAAUUGAGGAAAUCAAACAACAUCUGGAUAUUUUAUUAUUGCUUUCCACAACUCAACCAUCUUAUAGAACUCAGUACAAUGAAACCAAAAAAUAUUAUGAUCAAAUUUUAAAAAAAGAAAAACAAAAAAUGCUUCAAGAUCGUGUCAAAAAAUCUGAUUGCAAAAUGAAAUCUAUGUGGACAAUAUGCAGAGAACUGACAGGAAAGAACAAUCAGGUGGAUCACAAGGUAUUCAGGCAUAGGAUGUCAUUGCCAAACGAUUUCAAUGAACAUUUAAUUGAGGUAGUCAGAAAUUUAGUGGACAAGCAACAUGAGCCUUUUGAGUGUAACAUAGCGGAGAAUAACCAGUCACUGUUUUUAAGACCAGUAAAUGUAGAAGAACUAAUACAGCUAUCCCUAAACCUGAAGAAUAAAUAUUCCAGUGGAUAUGACGAUAUUCCAACAUGUAUUGUCAAAAUUACAGUGAAACAUGUUGCAUCAAUAUUGUGCUAUAUCAUAAAUAACUCCAUGAAAUUUUCUGUUUUCCCAGAUAUGCUGAAGUUCGCUAUUAUAAAACCGCUCUAUAAAAAGGGAGACCCAGAGAAUCUUGAUAAUUACAGGCCCAUAAGUCUACUCCCCGCUUUCUCCAAGGUGUUUGAAUUAGUCAUGUGUUCAAAACUGGUGAGUUUUUUUGCUGGGUGUGGACUGCUCUCAAACUCUCAGCAUGGAUACUUGAAGGGAAGAUCGACAGAUCUGAGUAAGGCAUAUGACUGUGUAAAUCUGGAAUAUUUGUUGAUAAAGCUUGAAAGAUACGGUAUAAGAGGUGGAGCACAUCAAUGGAUCCAAUCAUAUCUUGUUGAUAGAAGGCAGCAAGUGGUUAUCAAUAACAACAAGUCAGGUACAGUAGCCAAAAAUAGAGGUCUAGCUCAAGGAAGUAUGGUAGGUCCAAUCCUGUUCAUAAUUUACAUCAAUGAUCUGACUAUGGAUGGACUGGUGGAAUAUGUAGAUGACACGAACCUGUUGGUAUCCGGAAAGAAUUUCCCAGAGGUUAAAGAAAGAGCUAAGACCACUCUUUCAGAAGUUGCUCAAUGGUUUGACAGGAAUGAAUUAUCAAUAAAUGAUACAAAGACUAACUAUGUAACAUUUCGUACAAAAAAUUCGCAAGUGUGUGCGGAAGACAGUAUUUGUAUAGAAAAUCUUGAGGUGAAGCCUGUCGGAGGCACAAAAUUCCUUGGGAUAUAUAUAGACGAGUUUCUGGACUGGGGUACACAUUUGGUCAACACUGGAUUGAAACUGAGUAGCAUCGGAUAUGGUAUUAGAGUAGUGGCUAGAACCUUACUCAGUUGGGGAUUAUUUGAAUUGUGA